AUGCACGCUAAACUCCAAUGCAAACACGUCCCUUCUCGUUGUCCAUCGUCUGUACUCAGCUCUGCGUCGUCCCUCACACUUCACUGUUACAUCCUCACAGCUACCUCAUCAAUCCUCGAUUCAUGGGCCAACGACCCAUCUGCAGAACAGAUGUUGCAGUGCUUCAUACACUCCAUGAAGGGUACGGCUUCUCUACCGCAACCACUAGGAAGACGCCUCAUCUACCUCCUCGUUGGGUCACGCACUUACUCCUACUCUUUCUAUGCCACCGGACCUGUGAGUUCACCUGGCACUGACACUAAGGGACGCCUUCGGACGCAGGCAGAUGCGAAGCUGAGUGCAGAUGACAAGUGA